AGAUGAAACAUUUUAUAAAAAAAUCAGCUUAAGGCACUACAUAAGGUUCAUUUUGAAGGGUAUUUGGUGAAAUUCUUUAAGUAAGGAAUAGUCUAUUUGGAAGAGCAGCCUGCAGAACUAGACUUGGUGGGAGUGACCAUCUUUUAUGACACUUUAGAAGACAGAAAAGAAACAAGUGCUGGAAAAAUCUACAAAAAGAUGAAUGUAAGAUGUUAAAAAUAGCCAUUAGAAAGAUUACACGUGUGUUCAAUGUGUACGUCUUAUUCCCACCACCAGGUGGUGCUGUUUCUCAUUCAAUAAAAUGGACUAGCUAAUAGUUUUUAAUUAGCUUUGCUAAAUUAGUUUAUUUUACCUUAAUUUAAAGCACAAAUACUAAACAGAUGAUUAAUUAAUAAUUGUUAGUGAUUAUAGUACCCAUGGAUGUACUUCUUUUUAUUUCCGAAUUAAUUUUGUAAAGGGAUUUAAACGAAAUUGAGACGUUAACUUAAAGCUUUCGUGGCGCGUGCGUUUUUUUUAAACAUAGGAGGGAGUUAGCGUAGUCGUCGUCGUCGUUUUGCUGCAAGCUGUUCUUCCAUCCUGUUCAUCCCAGCAGCCCAUCCCUCCCUCUGUGGGCGUGGUGUGAAUUGGGAAAACAAACUGCAGACGCGCUUUGGCACUUCCUCACGCCGCAUCAGUGAAGUUUCUCCGCCGUACUUUCCUCCGCCGCACAGUCGCAGAGCGUGCCGAGAAAAACCCAGCACCGACCCGGUAAACGGAGGGGUUGCGUCUUCGGCCCGCCGGCACGGGUCCUGACCGCCAUCCAAUGGGGGGAGCGGGCUGCAGCAGUGAGAGCCGAGCGCCGACAGCAGAGUGAGCGGGCGGGCCCUCAGGAGCCGUCAUGUUCUGGUGACGGGUUGUCUUUUUUUUUUUUUUUCUUUUUUGAGCGAAAGAAGAAGCAGACAUGAGCGGCGGGGAGAUCAUCUUCCAGGGCUGGCUCCGAAAAUCCCCCCCGGAGAAGAAACUCCGGAGAUACGCAUGGAAGAAGCGUUGGUUCAUUCUCCGCAGCGGCCGCAUGAGCGGCGACCCAGACGUCCUGGAGUACUACAAGAACGACCACUCCAAGAAGCCCAUAAGGGUCAUCGACCUGCACUGCUGCGAGCAGGUGGACGCCGGCCUGACCUUUAAGAGGAAGGAGUUCCAGGACAGCUUUGUUUUCGACAUUAAGACUUCCGAUCGGACCUUUUAUCUUGUUGCUGAGACUGAGGAGGAGAUGAACAAGUGGGUCCGCUCCAUCUGCCAGCUGUGUGGUUUUAACCAGGCGGACGACACUCACGAUGGCAGGUUACUCAAUAUGCCGCGGUCGGUUGGUCCAGACGCCACCGGCUCAAUGGCUCCUCUGAGCAGCGAGCGCAAGUCCUCAGCGCCCAUCCACUCCAGCCAGCCGGUCCUCUUCACCUUUGACGUGCCUGUGCGCCACUCGCACCACGGCUCCCUGUCCAACAGCGCGCCUCAGGACUACCUCCUCCUCCACCAGUGCAUGAGCAGGAAGACGGAGAGUGCACGAAGUGCCAGCUUCUCUCAAACCACUCGCAGCAACACGCUGACGGGGAGUGACUCUCCAGUCCAGAAACUUUCCUACGGCUUCUCACACUGUCUGAAUGGCACAGGAUCUCAGCUGCACGGCUUCUACAGCCUCCCCAAGACAGGGCAGCAACAGCUCAGUGUGCACGACGGCUCCCCCCAGGAGGCCUGCUACGUCCUGCCGCGGGGCUACAGCUCUGAGGCUCCGCUCCACAGCAACUUCAGCGACCCCGAUCUGGAGAAUGACGAGGUCUACACCUUCAAAACCCCUUGCAACGCCCUCGCCACCAUGCACAGCAACGAGCGCUCGCCUGACAACUACGACUUCCCCACAACGCCCGGCUCCUUCUACCAGAUCCCGCGGACGUUUGACAAGAACCACAAUGCGCUCACACCCCCCAGCUCGGAAUCCUCCUGCGCUCCGCCUCCUAGACCCCCUAAACCAAGCCAGGGGUCAGAGGGGCAGAGGGGGAGUCCCCGCUCAGCUGGAAGUCAGAAUGGGGAAGUCAAGUCAUCGGUCAUCCCACGCAGGAACACUCUCCCUGCUGUGGAGAACAUAAGGCUGCACAGAGGCUCCUCCUUUGAAACCAACAACCAUCAUCGUCUUCAUUUCAACAACCAGUCGGUAGAGUCCGUCAACGACGGAUUCAGCUCCUACUUGCAGCUGCGAGCCCAAGCGCCUCUGACUCGCUCCGACAGCGGCAACUCGGAUGACAACUACGUUCCCAUGAAUCCCGGCUCCUCUCCGCUGAGCGCCUCCCAGGCUGACAAUCCCAGCGACAUCUACAUUCCUAUGACCCCUGGACCACACUUUGAUUUCCCAGGAUUCUCUGCCACGUUGCCUGCCCGCAAGGGCAGCAGCGCCUCCCUGUGCCACCGGCCCACUCGUUACAGUGAUGUCACGCCUCCGCCUAUUAACCGCAACCUGAAGCCCAACAGGAAAUCGAAGCCGACGCCUUUGGACCUAAAAAGCAAUGGGAUCAUCGACGAGCUGCCAUUUAAGAGCCCGGUUACCAUGUCCUGGACACGACCCAUGGCCGCCAUGAACUCCGUGUCCUCCCAGCAAUGUCGACCCAUUUCCACCCAGAGCAUCACCAGCACCGACUCCGCAGACAGUGAGGAGAACUACGUGGCCAUGCACAACCCUGUGUCUACCUCCCCGGCUGUGAGCGGCACCAACAGCCCGGCCCCCAGGAAGUGCGGUAACGUAGACUACCUAGCACUGGACUUCCAACCCGGAACGCCUAGCCCCCACAGAAAGCCGUCCACGUCCUCCGUGACAUCCGAUGACAAGGUGGACUACGUGCAAGUGGACAAGGAGAAGACUCAAGCGCUGCAAAGCACAAUGCAGGAGUGGACUGAUGUGCGGCACUCUGCUGAUUCUGCAAAAGGGGUCAAGUCCUGACACUAACUCAAAGAGAAAAACUGUGACCCUGGAAACAAAGUAGACUCAAGCCAAGCAUCUCCAGUUGCUGUCAGUCCCGUAAAUACUGUUUGGACUAAGACGGAAAACUAUGGGCACAAAAAGCCAUUACUCACCCAACGCCUGUCCGUCUUUUUAAACCAUCACUUCUGCUGUGCACCAAUAGCAAGCAGGUCAAACAGUUGAAGCGCCCAGCCAAAGCUAAAAACACAGACUGUUUGAACGUGUUUAAAAAAAAAAUCAGUGUUGACCUACUGUUCUGAAAUCAAAGAUCCUCUCUGCAUCCAACCACUUGUCUUGCAGCUUUGAAAGAUUGGAAAGCAGAUCACCAGAGAACGAUCGAUAAGUCCGUACUGGACCGGGAGAGAACACAUUCUGGCCUUGGGAAUGCCAAGAUUGUCUUCUGGAACUCAGGCCGACUUUCUCUUUUCUCCUCAGUCUGUCGUUUGUGCUGAGUUUGGAAAAAAACAAAACAAAAAGAAGCAGUGGAGAGAUUAUUUUCUCUGCAGCCGAUCUUUUGAGCUUAGCUCUGCAUGACUGGUAGGAGGAGAGGGAAACAAUAUAGCCAUAAAAUAAAAUAAAAAACAAAAAUAUGCAAAGCCUGUCAGAUGUCCUGAUAACCACACGACUGUUGCCUCUGUUUUUGGCUAAUAUGGGGCCAAACCAUAUUAAAGAGCCGUCAGGCUGGCCAGUUUUUCUUUUUCUCUCUUAAGUGCAGUUACUGGAUCGGUGUGCUUUCCAGAUGUUUUUGACCCUCUUAUGUAACAUAAAUGAUCCGCAUUACUGUCUUCAGGCUUCCUAUGCCAAACACUACAGGUACAUCCAAAAUUAGCCAUAUCUUUAGUCCGAAUUUCCUGGUUGAAUUUUGUUCACUGAAGUGUAUCUUGCCGACUGCUGUGCCGCUUGUCUGAGGCAGGAAGUGCCUUGCAGUCACGUCACAUGGCAGCCCGCCACCAAGAAGAUUUUCCACUCAUCAUAUUUACCUAAAAUAGCAGAGGAAUGAAUGUGAAGAGAAAUAUCUUUAAUUUGCCUCGUUCCCGGGGAAAUAUGUUCAGAGGAUUUUCCUGUAUCUCAAGAAGGACCACACCGUAUUUCUAGACCCACUCCGAUGAGAAUUGUGUUUUCUUAGCGUGUUUUUGUGGCAUUUUUCUGAUGAUUGAGGACAUAGAUAUGGAAAAUGGAUCUUAAAAUUGUGCUUCUGCGUAUUUCUUUGUUCAAAUCGUUGUGAAUCAGGAGCAGACGAAAAAAUGCAUUUUAGAAAAUACACUAGGUUAACGUGGGGGUGGGAGGGGCUAGCAGGAGAGCGUAUCAACAGAGAGCUCUCAGCAGCAGGAAAGGGAAGGGGGCGGGGUUGCUCCUUGCUUACGGUCACACCCACAACUCAGGCGAAUUUCCGGUGAACUUCUGCGGCUUUGCAGAAAAUAUGGUCGUGUCCAAAUUCCUUCGCAAUUUUAAAAAGAAUUUAAAAUUCCAAAAUCCAGUGCCAUAGAUAUUUCCCAGAAGUCUCUGCGAAAUAUCAGUGUGCAUCGAUGUGCACUAGAUUGGCUAAUAAAGACCACAAUGCAUUGCCUUUGAACAAUGUUUCAUGUGAAAAAAAUGCAUUUUAAUAUGUUUUUGAAAAACUGAUGAUGAAAACCAAGUUUUUAUCUUCAGAGAAGUCAUAAAAAGUCUUCAUAAAAUUUGCCCUUUAAAGAAAAACCAAACUAGUGAGCAUGAUGUCCGGAUUGCAGGGCACUGGAAUUUUUAGGAGUUAGGGAGGGAAUUUGGACGAAGCGUAUGUCUGAGAAAACAACAGUGUUUUAGAUCUGGGCUCUGAACGGCGUUAUCACUUCAAAGUCCACUGGGAACGCUUUGACAAUGGCUGAAAAGAUGACGCCCCACUAUUUCAUUGUGGGCUGGAACCCACACAUGGGUGAAUUUGACCUUUAAUAGGAAUGUCUUCAUGCUCGUGUAGAGCUGGACAACGUAAGUCAUCAUUAUUUUUUACAACCUUUGCAGCUUUUUAUUGUAUUUUUAUUUUUUUUACUGAUGCAUGAAGAAUGUCCUUACCGACAAAAUCAGGAACCAUUGAAGCUUGCAGAGGGUUUCAGAUUUAUUUUGGCUUUAAAUACCUUAAAAGAAACAUCCCGAUCUUCUCAUACAAAUGGGACGGUCGGCUGUCUCAGUUGCGAAGGUGAAACAAUUCCAAAGUGAACUGAGAAAGAAGAGGAUAGAGCUUGUCUACUUGUCAUCUUGUGAAGUGAAGCGGCCAUGUAAUUUAUUAUCUAGAGAGACGUGGUGUGAGCGGGAGAGCUGUGUUUGUGUUGUAGUUGUCUUGUGUUAAAACGACAGCCUGACUGGGCCAGACCCCGAUUUACCGUCAGACUGCCACUGGGUUGAUGUACUGUAUUUGUAGAGACCUUUUUAUUUUAUUUUUAUCGUUUUUUUAUUUUUAACCACUGUUAUUGCUACUACUGUAAAGCAUCUGCAGAUUGCUUGUGUGUUUAUUUAUUAAUUUAUUGUGUAUUUUGGAGAUGAUGACUGUAAAAUAUUGAGAAGAAGAAAAAAAAGAAAUCCUUCUGUCUACUAACACUGUUAUGCAAAAUGUCUUCAUUGUGAAAGCAAUAUGGGGAGCGAUGCUAGUGUGUUCAUGUGGUACAGUCAAUUUGGAAUACACAAGAGAAGCAAGACGUUGGUAUUCCUGUAUUAUGAUAAAAUUAAACUGUGGACAAUAAAUAAAUGGAGGAAAAAAGGGGA